AUGGAGGGAGAGAGAGGGAGGGACGGUGACUGGACUGGACUUGUGGAUGAUAAUGAUGAUGUUAGUGAUGACGAUGAUGGUAAUGAUGAUGAUGGAAAUAACGAUGAUGGUGACGAUGGUGAUGCGCGACUGCUUCCUGGAAGGCAGAAAGACCAAACCAAAUUCCGGUUUUUCAACAGUCUUCGAUCGAUUUUAGAUAUCAUGUCGCGAUACAUUUUAAUACAGCUCCGGCACCCCUUCCCCUUCAUCCUGGCAGAUGCAUUUGAUAUGUGUCUGUCGGUUGAUUGCGGUGACCGAUGUGAGUGUCCAGUGGCGAUCUGUGCUGGCUGGAUAGGCGUUGCGGCUGGCCACACAGGCAAAGCAGAGUGA